UCUUCUGGCUGUUGCUUAUACAUUGUAACCUGCAUUGUGCCAAAUAAUGUACAAUUAACUUAAUACAAUAACCCAAAAAACAGGAAUUAAGGUGUCAGAAACACAAAGAACUCACUGCUUUAAAUGGAUAAUCCAUACAGCAACAACAAAGACUUAUUCCCAAGCAAGUUGGGGUAGGCUAGAGUUAAAACCCAACAAAACCCACAGGUCAAGGCUCGGGCACAUGGACAGCUAUUUUCCAUACACUCCUAUGUAAGAUAUCUGCAGUGCACUAAUGCGAAAGGGCCUCUAGUGUCACACCCGGAUUUAAUGGGCAAACCCAGGCGCGAAUCAAAUGUGUGAUGGGAUCAAGUUUCACACAUAUGAUGACUUAUGGUACAGAAACGAAUGUCAUAUCUUUAAUAUAUAAUGGAGUUUUGUACAGAAUAGUUAAAUAAUUACAUCAUACGAAGACAAGGAUUCAGCAACCAUGGUUGACUGGGAGAAGACGAUCUAGACCUCUCACAAACUCAUCGCAGCAUCCUUCAUACUCCUUAUCCUGCGUUAUUUGUUCUUGACCUGGGGGGAUGUGAGUACAGCGAGGGUGAUCUCACAUACGUUCAUCGCUCAACAAGUCGUGGGAUAUAAUGUGCAUGAGCUCACUUACAGUGGGGCUCAUGUGAAGUGUAAGGCUUACCAAAAAAGAUGGUUAAAGCUGAGCAUUGUUUUUAAAGUUGGUCAAAAUUUUAUUAGCAGUUACCAAGUAUAAGUAGAUACCAACCCAAAUAAAUAAGAGAUCAAAAUUAAUAAUAAAACUCACGAUGCAAUGCAAAUGACAAAUUAAGUUUAGUUCCAUAAAUUACCCAUGUGAAGGUCCGAGCCGCUCAUGACCGCGAGCACGGCUGAUAUACCAGUUUUACACUCUGUAGAGGUUGCGCAUCUUUACCCACAAGUCGUGUUACCCAUUUACCACGGGGUCAUGAAUCACAUACAUCUCUACCGAGGAGACGAGGCAGGGUAGCACUACGAGGCCUUUACAAAGUUCCACUAGCUUCAGAAAACCCGCUACGGUUUUUGAGAAGGGCAAUAUAGGAAUCUCUUGUUCGAAAAGCCAUUGCAGCAUGAUCGACCCGAGAACCUCCCUAUACCGACAGCUCCUCUACCGUCCUUGCCCCUUUCGGGUAAGGUAGUCCGUAGUCCUCCACUAGCUUUCCUAAUUAAUCAGCCAAGGGCGUCCCAUAUCACCCUUGUGGUAGCACUGUUUUCCCGAGUGGUUCUCCAUGUUCCAAUUAACCACUGUUAUUAAAGCGUCGUUUAAGCGCUAGAACGCGAUUUGAAGCUAAAACGUCCACACGUUUUAAAAAAACAGUGUUGAACGUCCGUUUUGGACGUUUAAGCGUCGUGUAAACGUCUGAACGCGCGUUUUGGACGUUUAAGCGUUCUACGGACGUUCUAUGCGUUAGUGGGCCUUAAUGGGCCUUUAAGCAUCCCGCCAGGCAUCCCGCCAGGCAGCCGCCAGACAACCGCCAGUAAGCGCUUCAAGCAUCCCGCCAGGCCGCCGCCAGAUGCCAGCCUGCUACCGCCGUCGACCGUCCUCAACCGCCCUCCAGGUACGCCGUCGGCCCCCCUCCUCCCUCCUCCCUCCUCCGGUCCUCCCUCUUCCCUCCACCCACAGGGCAAUGUGCCGCCGCCAUUGCUCCAGCCGCCGCCGCUCCAUUGCUUCAGGCUUCAGCUUUUGGAAAGUGCCCAGUGCUCCAGUGCCCCACUGUGCCCAGUGCUCCAGCCGCCGCUACCCAGUGUGGCUGCCCAUUGAUAAUAUGCCAUUCUAUUGUGUGUGUUGCAGGAAGCCAGGAAGCACACUGUUUUUGGCAAGCUUGUUGUUGGAAGUGAUGUUCUGAAGAGAAUCGAGCAAGUAGAUGUGCAAUCCGCAGCACCUAUUGCUCCAUUUGAUAUAAAGAUUUUGGGGGCAUUUAGCUAAAGUGUGGCAGUGAAUUUCAAUGGCAACAAAUAGCGAGGCAUUGUCUGCCGGUGAAAGUAAUGACUCCUAUGACCCACUCAAAGAUCAGUCACGAAGGCCAAAGUCAAAUGAUCCAGGAUGGAAAUAUGCAUACUAUGUUGAGGCAAGAAAGCGAGAGUUGAUUCAAUGUGCUUUGUGCCCCAAACAAAUAAAAGGAGGUAUCAAGAGGUUGAAACAACAUCUAGCUGGUGGCUAUGGAGAUUGGAGACAUUGUCAAGUGUCCUAACACUACUAGAGAGAUUGCUAAAGAGAUGAAUGAAGCUUUGAAUAAUGGGAAGCGGGCUAGGCCGUUGUACCUAGAUGACGAUGUAAUGGAAGAUGAAGCAGGACAAGAUGAUGUCCAAGUUAUGGGAAGCAGGUCAAUGUCAGCAUCAUCCAAGGCUUCCUCGUGUACUGUGCCAAGUUCUGGAAUAGCUGCCAAAAGAAACAAAGCAAUUUUCCAAUUGAAGCCCCACCCAAUUGCAGCUCCAAAGAAGUCCAUUGCAUCUAUGAUUCGACAAACACCUCAAGAGGUUGUAGCAGAGAGACAUGCAAAGGGGCCUGCUCAAACUACCAUAAGUGCUACCAUGAAGCCUAAGGAAGAAAGAAAUUAUGUUUGUUUGGAGAUAACCAAGUUUUUCUACGAGUGUGGUAUACCAUUCAAUGCUGCGAACUCAAGGCAAUUUGAGGUAGCUGUGGAGGCUAUUUCUCAAUAUGGAUUUGGGUUCAAGCCUCCUACUUUCCAUGAGCUAAGUGUGCCUUUACUUGCUAGGGCUGUCAAAGACAUAGAUGAUGAGAGGAUGAAGCAUGAGGAAGCAUGGAGCCAAUAUGGUUGCACACUCAUGUCUGAUGGUUGGACAGACAAAAGAGGUCUCCAUUUGAUCAAUUUCCUUGUUAACAGCCCUCAAGGAACAUUCUUCUUGGAGUCCGUUGAUGCAUCAAAUGAGUCACACAGUGCAGUGACGCAUGCAGACUUGUUACAAAAGAGAAUUGAGGGGAUUGGUAAAGAAAAUGUUACUCAGAUUGUCACUGAUAAUGGUGCUAAUUAUAAGGCAGCAGGUAAGAUUUUAAUGGAGAGGAUUCCUACCUUGUUCUGGACUCCUUGUGCGGCACAUUGCUUGGACCUUAUGUUGGAGGACAUAGGAAAGCUGAAGGAUUUUAAGAAGCCUAUUGCUCGUACUCAUCAUGUCACCACUUUUAUUUAUAGACAUGGGAGGAUACUUAGUGAAAUGAGGGUGCAUACAAAUGGGAUGGAUCUUGUGAGACCUGCUGCUACUAGAUUUGCUACUGCCUUCCUUACCAUGAAGAGUUUGCACAAGUACAAGAACUCAUUGAAAGGCCUAUUUUCAGGUGAUGUUUUCACUCAAUCCAAGGUAUCCAAAACAGAGGCAAGUAAAAAAGCAUGACAUUGUUUUCUCUCAAGAAUUUUGGAAUUCAAUUGAGGAUUGUCUUAGAGCUUCUUUACCGCUUCUUGUCGUGCUGAGAUUGGUUGAUGGUGAUGAGAAGCCAGCCUUGGCUGAGGUUGCUGCAGCCAUGACUAUAGCAAAGAAUAAGAUUAGCUCCUCAUUUUCUACUCAAAACAAGAAAGCAUGUCUGAAACAUAUCAUGAGCAUUGUGGAUCGACGUUGGGCGAACCAAAUGGAUACCCCAUUAUAUGGAGCAGCACUAUAUUUGAACCCUGGAAAAUUCUACAACAUCAAAGCAGGUGAUGAUGAAGGCUAUGUUGGAGAGCUAAGGGGUUGCUUUAAUGAUGUGCUUGUCAAAAUGGUGGUAGAUGAGGAUCUUAGAGAGAAGAUUGAUGCCCAAGCUGUUCUUUAUGAGAACCAAAGAGAGGCAUUUGCAAAUCCAAUGGCUAUAAAAAAUGCACAAACAAGGAAUCCACUUGAUUGGUGGCUUGCAUAUGGUGGUCGUACUAUUGAAUUAUAUAAGUUUGCAAGAUGGAUUGUUAGCCUUUGUGCUUCAUCAUCUAGUUGUGAGCGGAAUUGGAGUACAUUUGAAUUUGUAAGUGAGCUAGUCAAAUUAUUCAAUUUCUAUUUGCCACUACUUUUUUAUCCUCAGUUCUUCAUUGGUUAAAUGGUUACUUUUAUUUGCACUUGUAGAUGCAUACCAAAAAGAGGAAUAGGUUAGAGCACAAAAGGUUGAAUGACUUGGUAUAUGUUUCAUACAACAGAAAUAUGGCGGAUAGGUUUCAAAAAAUACGUGAGGAAGGAAAAAA